ACUUCCGCCCGCGCCCCCCUCCCCUCGCCGCGCCGUCGCGUCCUCCGGCCUGAGGCGAUCCUUGGGCGCGUGCUCUCGCGCUUUCCGGGCCCGGCCCGCGGGCUGCAGCGGCGCCGAGGCGGCGGCGGCGGCGGCGUGCGGAGGCAGCAGCCCGCGCUCCACCCCAUCCCGCCGGCCCUCCUGCCCCUCCUCCUCCGGCUUCUCGUCGUCGGCCGUUCGGCCCGAGCUGCGAGCGGCAAGAUGGCGGCGCCCAGGCCGCCGCCCGGCAGGCUGUCGGGCGUCAUGAUGCCCGCGCCCAUCCAGGACCUGGAGGCUCUCCGCGCGCUGACGGCGCUCUUCAAAGAGCAGCGGAAUCGAGAAACAGCACCCAGGACUAUCUUCCAGAGAGUCCUGGAUAUCUUAAAGAAAUCUUCUCACACUGUUGAGCUGGCCUGCAGAGAUCCAUCCCAAGUGGAGCACCUGGCUUCCAGUCUGCAGCUGAUAACGGAAUGCUUCCGGUGUCUCCGGAAUGCCUGUAUCGAAUGUUCCGUGAACCAGAAUUCAAUCAGGAACUUGGGUACAAUUGGUGUUGCUGUUGACUUGAUUCUUCUUUUUCGUGAACUGCGAGUGGAACAGGACUCCCUGUUGACAGCGUUUCGCUGUGGCCUGCAGUUUCUGGGUAACAUCGCCUCACGGAACGAAGACUCCCAGGCUGUUGUUUGGAUGCAUGCAUUCCCGGAGCUCUUCUUAUCUUGCCUAAAUCAUCCAGACAGAAAAAUUGUUGCCUACUCGUCAAUGAUUUUGUUCACAUCCCUGAAUUCUGAAAGAAUGAAGGAGCUGGAAGAAAACCUCAAUAUUGCGAUUGAUGUCAUAGAAGCUCACCAGAAGCAGCCUGAGUCCGAAUGGCCGUUCUUGAUUAUUACAGACCAUUUUCUGAAGAGCCCGGAAUUGGUUAAAGCCAUGUAUGCCAAAAUGAGCAAUCAAGAAAGGGUUACAUUGUUAGACCUUAUGAUUGCCAAAAUAGUGAGCGAUGAGCCACUGACCAAGGAUGAUGCCCCUGUGUUUUUGAGCCAUGCUGAGUUGAUCGCGAGCACUUUUGUGGAUCAGUGCAAGAUUGUGCUGAAACUGACCUCUGAACAGCACACCGACGAUGAGGAGGCACUGGCUACAAUUAGACUUCUUGAUGUCCUUUGCGAAAUGACUGCUAAUACUGACCUGCUCGGCUACCUGCAGGUUUUUCCUGGCUUGUUGGAGAGAGUGAUUGAUCUUCUACGCCUGAUUCACGUGGCCGGCAAUGACUCCACAAACAUCUUCAGCACUUGUGCUUCCAUUAAAGCAGAAGGGGACGUCUCCAACGUGGCUGAGGGCUUCAAGUCUCACCUCAUUCGCCUGAUUGGGAAUCUGUGCUACAAGAAUAAAGAUAACCAAGACAAGGUGAAUGAGCUGGAUGGCAUCCCCCUGAUCCUCGACAGCUGUGGCCUCGACGACAGCAACCCCUUUCUAACCCAGUGGGUGGUGUACGCCAUCCGGAACCUCACGGAAGACAACAGCCAAAACCAAGACCUGAUUGCGAAGAUGGAGGAGCAGGGUCUGGCAGAUGCAUCCCUGCUUAAGAAAAUGGGGUUUGAAGUUGAAAAGAGGGGUGACAAGCUGAUUCUGAAGUCGACUAAUGACACACCUCAGCUGUGAAUGAACUCUCCAUCCAAAAAAAUCUGAAUGUUUGGAAUCUGUUUCCUGGAUCUUUCGCAGUAUGUGAAAUCGCAAGUGUUUGAAGAUUUUAUUACAUACACGUUCAAGAAUCUGUGAAUCUUCUAGAUAAUAGAGUUAAAUGCGUAUAAGCUUAAAAGUGAAAGUGCUUGAGUGUCCUGUUGAUUCUCUGCUUUAAAAUGUAGCUGUCUGGUUUGCUUCUGUCCCCGUGGAAUACAAUGUGCGUUUAAGUGAUAGAUUGUACUUACUGUGGCCGCAGAAAAUAAAUUCCUCUUGCUGAG